AUGGUAGUGUUGCAUCAUAAUGAACUGGAUCGUAUUCUGUGGGGAUCAGCGUCAAUUGCCGGUCGAUCUCGAACCAAUGAUACCAUUAUCUACAUGCAGUUUGCUGUCGUCGGUUCACUCGGUGUAUUUUGUACUCUGGACUACGAGAAGCCGGAAUCAUUCCGUCUAGCAGCAGCAGCGAUAACACAGCUGACAUAUUUUCGCAGCAGUGCUCUGUUUGUUCGCUUGAUGCUGUUUUUGUCUGUCUUAGUGCUAUACGGCGACGUUGUUAUUCCGUUUAACCGUUUUGUCAGAAACGAAGAAGCUUUGCUGUUACCCAUUGUGAAGCUAGUGCUACACUGCAUCUGGAUGUGGAACACGCUACGCCUCUUGUAUGCAAUUUUCUGGUCUGGAGCUCUUACAUCGCGUAAGCAAAAGAAACGUCCAGUGUCCAGCGCGUACAAAAUUCGUCGGAAAGUUUUGUAA